CCUGUGGUAACUGCAGCUUAAAUGACUCAGGUCUUGUAUUCACACCUCAGCCAUUUCCGUCUCCCCCCAAGCCACAGCCACUUUGUGAGAGGAAGCUGGGGUUUGUGGUUCCUGUUUUGCCUAGGGACAGGGAGUAGGAGUGAACAGGGGUUGGUAAGAGCUCCGGCUUCUCAUUUCAGGGUCAUUAAUGCUUCCCUAAGGGGAAGAAGGGGCUGGACUGGUGGCUCCAAUGCCCAUUCCUUCAUCUGUACUCAUUCUUGCAAAACAAAACUUGGCUGAGCUUUGUAUUGUGGUUAUUUGUGUCUACCAACCUCUUGUGAGUUCCUUGAAGGCAGAGGCUAUGUAUGACAUGUUGCUGAGUUUCUAGGGCACCGCAAAGGUAGUCAGACCCCAAUAUUUCAUUGGUCGAGUGACCUGGGAAGCAGACCAAAGGGGGCACAUUUCAAACAGCAGUCUGCGGACUUGGUGGUGAGAAAGAGCUGGUAGAGGUGGGCACCAGCUGGUGGAAGCCCAUAGAAGGGAUUAGGGGAAGGACUCCAGGAAGAAAAUUCAGGACUCGGCUUAACUACUUAGAGAAAGUUUUAAACCAGCUGUUCCAGGGCCCUCCCGGCCUCUCUCUGUCCCACGCCCCGAGCCUGGGAAGGCCUAAAGCGAAGACAGAGAACCCGGAAGUUGUGGUGACCUCCAAGCACGUGAUGAGGGGCCGGCUGAUGUUGUCACGUGACCCCCCCACCUGCGGUACCUCGGCGCCGAACUUGCAGCUGCUCUUAAAGACCCUCAUCCGCCGGGUCGGAGCCCGGUCUGGACUCUCGCUGACUUUCAACUCUGCGUGUGAUCUGAACUCGAUGCCAUGGGAGGCUGUGCGGGCUCUCGGCGGCGCCUUUUGGAUUCCGAGGGGGAGGAGACGGCCCCUGAACCUCGGUCCCCUCUGUUAGACCGUCCAGGCGCCCUUUGGAAGAACGCGGUGGGUUUCUGGCUCCUUGGCCUUUGCAACAACUUUUCUUACGUGGUGAUGCUCAGCGCUGCCCAUGACAUCCUUAGCCGCCAGAGGGCGUCUGGGAACCAAAGCCAUGUGGACCCAGACCCAGCGCCCACCACCCACAACAGUUCAUCUCGAUUUGACUGCAACUCUGUCUCCACGGCUGCGGUGCUCCUGGCUGAUAUCCUCCCCACCCUGGUCAUCAAACUACUGGCUCCUCUUGGUCUUCAUCUGUUGCCCUACAGCCCCCGGGUUCUCGUCAGUGGGCUUUGUUGCGCCGGAAGCUUUAUCCUGGUCGCCUUUUCUCAUUCCGUGGGGACCAGCCUGUGUGGUGUGGUCUUGGCUAGCAUCUCCUCAGGUCUGGGGGAGGUCACCUUCCUCUCACUCACCGCCUUCUACCCCAGGGCUGUGAUCUCCUGGUGGUCCUCAGGAACGGGGGGAGCAGGGCUGCUGGGAGCACUGUCCUACCUGGGCCUCACCCAGGCUGGCCUGUCCCCCCAGCACACCCUGCUGUCCAUGCUGGGCAUCCCUGCACUGCUGCUGGCCAGCUAUUUCUUUUUGCUCACGUCUCCUGAGCCCCAGGACCCUGGAGGGGAGGAAGAGGCAGAGACAUCAGCGCGGCAGCCCCUGAUAGGCAGCGAGGCCCCAGAGGCGAAGCCAGCCUCCAGCCCCAACCUCUCCCUUUGGGAAAGGUGGACCGUGUUCAAGGGCCUGCUCUGGUACAUCGUCCCCUUGGUCCUGGUUUACUUUGCAGAGUAUUUCAUCAAUCAGGGGCUUUUUGAGCUCCUGUUCUUCCGGAACACGUCCCUGACUCACGCUCAGCAGUACCGCUGGUACCAGAUGCUCUACCAGGCUGGCGUCUUUGUUUCCCGCUCUUCUCUCCGCUGCUGUCAAAUCCGGUUCACCUGGGUCCUGGCCCUGCUGCAGUAUUACAGCGUUGAGUGGACAACCUCCACCCCUUCCUACCAGUCUAACCAACGUAGCUUCACAGAACCCACCUUUGCUGUUUCAAGGCCCGUCAGCGCUCUCAGCAUCUCUCAGAACCAGGGGCCACCGGACAGGACCGCAGCCUCCCUCCCUGCCCGCCUCAGCCCUCCCCUCCGGCUGCAUCCACAGUGCUUCAACCUGGCCUUCCUGCUGGCGGACGUGUGGUUGAACUUCCUGCCCAGCAUCUACCUCGUCUUCCUGAUCAUUCUGUAUGAGGGCCUCCUGGGCGGCGCUGCCUACGUGAACACCUUCCACAACAUUGCCCUGGAGAUGAGUGAUGAGCACCGGGAAUUUGCCAUGGCAGCUGCCUGUAUCUCCGACACUUUGGGCAUCUCCCUGUCGGGGCUCCUGGCCCUGCCUCUGCACGACUUCCUUUGUCACCUGUCUUGACACUCUGGCUUCUUGGGACACAGGACACACUCACCUGGCCCUGCGCUGACUGGCAGGCAAGUCAGACCGCAGGCCCACGGCCCAGACCUCACUCACGAGCUCUGCCCCCAACUCCGCUAAACCGGGGCGCAGAGAAGAGCUAAGGUUCCGUUCCCCCUUGCGCAGGGGCCGCCGUUUUCUCCCACUCCCGGGCUGGCCUUGGGGAGUUUCUUCACGGCAUUAUGUUCUUGGAAUAAAUGCCUGUUUUAACAAUUUUA